AUGAGUUUCUUGCAGCGAAACAUCCGCACCGCACCCCUAGGCUACACAACUCCAUCAUUUCCAUCUCUGUACUGGCCAAUUCCUGUGGCCGGCCCCCAGGCAAAUUUCUUAUACAAUAUUGGAGACGUCUGGAGGUUCACGCUUCUCUGGACACUCAUCUUCUACGCUGCUGUACACGCCGCUGUCUGCUUCUGGGCGAUUGCGAUCCAAAAACGGAAUUAUAAGGUGAUAUGGACGGUGCCAAUAAUAUAUGCUGUGAUCGGUGGAGUGGAGGCAUUAAUUGCAGGCAGCGUUACGGGAGGCUUAAUUGGAACCGUAUAUCAAGCGGGUUACUAUAGAGUGUCAACCUGGAUUCCGUUCGCUUGGGCACUUGUCUGCACUUUGGUCCUCAUACUAUCUUCAUUCGGGUUCCAAGGUGGUUUAUGA